AUGGAGACUUCCCUGGGGAUGGAGACUUCCCUUGGAUUGCAACCUCUAAGCCAAACAUUUUGUCUUCCACAAACUCCAGAAUUCCCCAAGUCUUUUAGUGGCAGCAAUAUCCAAAUACUUGACAGUAACCCAUCACCUGAGCUUGGGGACAUUUCAAUGGCAGCUCCAGUCCAGAGUCCUAGCAUUUACCUGGCACUGCCUCCAGCUCCAAGCCAGGAACAGAAAGAGAACAGGAAUCUGGAGGAUAUUACAACCAUGCUUUCAAAGCCUCUGGAUGCUUACCAGAUCCCCACAGAAAACCAAGAUCCUCCACUGCUCCCUUUAGAAAUCCCAAACAUUCCCCAGCUCCUGGCAUGCAUUGAUCCCCUAGGCCAGGAGGAGCCACCUCGUUGUGAGAACACUGGUCUGGGAAAGAGCAGCCUGGGUCUAAAGGACCAGGGGACACUUGAAAAUGGGAUUGAAUCCAAUGAUGGCUUUGCAGACAUUGCAACACUGGUGGAGGAUACUCACCUCCCACUGCUCUUAAAUUCCUUGGAUGAACAUGAUCAAUCCAAAGGUCCCAAGGUGAUCAAAACCAAAGAUGGCAGAGCCAUCAGUUUGGAUGAGGUGCAGAAACAGUCAAGUGUCAUUAAUGCUCCCUCUGAUCAAGCAAGGAGGAACAAACAUAAAGCAUCUGAGCUGAUCAGUGGUGAGCCCAUGGCCAAAAUCCAGCGUGAGAGCCCAGAUUGCAUGUUCGUGGGAGAAGUGGCUGUUUCCAAUGCGGCAGCCAAUGACAGGGCUCCUGAAAACAGGGCCAAGAAUUCCAACAAAACUCAGAAAACUGCCCCCAGCAGGACCAGCAAAACCAAGAGCCAUGGGCAAGAAAAGACCAAAAGAAUCAAAGAAAACAACCCGAAGGAAACUGAAGAGAGUAAGGACAAUGUCAAGGCAGAGGAGAAGCCAACCAUCCCAAAAAUGAAGAGGAAGAAAAACCAACCUGAGCUGACACAAGAGACCUUCAAAGCGCCCCGAAGCUCCCUAGGGGUGCAUAUGCUGGAGUCUGUGGAAUUUCAGGCCCUGAGGAAGAAGACUGAUGAGAGAACUGAACUCUCUUCCUCCAGGGCACUGGGAAACUCAAGCAACCCCAAAGGCCCCCAGCCAUCCCCAGCUAUCAAACAAUGGCUGGAUACCCCAUGUGAGGGCAAAGGUCCUGAGGAAACUCAAGUCAAAUGCCAGAAACCAGAAGGCAGUGCAGAAAAGGAGUGUUCAUCUCCAUCUGAAUAUGAGCUGCCACCUCCAGGGAAGGUCAAGUUGGUACCUCUGAUAUUUCCAACUUUGGACAAGCCUCAAGCUUGACCUGUUCCUCGCAGGCCGUUGUCUCUGGUAUCAUGUCGGCCUGCUGGGGCCAACCCAGCGCAGCCUGGUUCUAAGUCAGCUCAACCUACUGCUGUGAAUUCAUCCAAGCCAACCCCAGCAUCUAUCAUAGGUUCUACCAGACCAGUUCUGCCAGCUUCAACCAAUCUUGCCCAGCCUGGUUCAAAGUCAGCUCAACCUAAGGCAGUCAAUUCAUCCCAGCCAACUCCAGCAUCUAUGACAGAUCCUGCCAGACCAGCUCUGCCAAUUUCAACCAACGUAGCCAGACUAGGUUGGACCAACCCUAUCUGGCCUAGUGUCCCCCAGUGUGAUGCUUCUAGGCCUGUGCUCUAUAAAACAUCCACUCGCACUUCUUUCCAAGGGGAUCCAGUCACAUUUCUGUGA